AUGCCCACAAAUGAGGUCGCUUCGGGUCCGGUGAAUGGCAACCACGGCCCCCAACCAGACCUGAAGGAGAUGCUGGAGUACGAGAAGAUCGUGAACUUACACGACCAGAUAUUCUCUGGAAAUCAUCCAAGACUAAAAGUGCCCCAGCAUGUUAUCCGCAAAGUCACCCACCGACCUGUUCAAACUCCUCCCCUCUCUGCUGUUCCUCCCAUCCCUGCUCCUGCUGGGACUCCAGCGGGCGUGCAGGCAAAACAGCAUCCCGCUCCGCUCAGCACGCACUCCAACCCAUUGGUAAAUGGAUCGGCUUCUGCUGCUGUUUCGGGCGUGGCUGCUUCCUCCAGCAGUAGUGGCCCCAGUGGUCGUGUAACUGCCCCAAAACCAGUGUCUGAAAUUGACCCUAUAUUCCUUACCAAGUCUGACGACCUGAUCAGAGCGGAGAUACAGCUGCAGCGUCAGCGGAUUGAGCGUGUAUUACGUGAGCAGCUUGAGCAGAAGAAAAUUGACCACAGACUACAGACUUGCCUCCAAGAAGCAAAACCUGAUUUCGACGUGUCUGAGGUCCUGACAAAAGCAUUGCAGCUUGUUAAGCCUACUGCAACCAGUGAUAUUCAAGGGGCUAAUGCAAACACCACAGCCAGUGACUCUUUCGAUGAUAAUUCGUUUUACUCGAGCAGAGCUCCCGAUUCCCCACAGGUCGCUCGGAACGACCAACCAUCUCCCAUCCGAGAAGAUCAUAUGCAUCCGGUGGACGCGGAUGAGACGGAGUAUGAAGGUUCCGUAGGCCGGCGGCAUGCUGAGGGUCGCCGGAUUGAUGCUGGUGACCCUAAUGUGAUAGAUGUUGAUACACAGGAAUCUCCGUACAAUGCUGCUGACAAACGUGGGCCAUUGUCGAGGAGUCCCGUGAAUCGAACUCCUCGUCGCGACAGCAUCAGUCAAUACCCCGUUCGGGAGCACCCUGAUGUGUACGAUGAACCAGAAUACUCUCCUCCCGGCCCAGAUAUCACUUCAACUGUUCCGAGAGAAGAAGAGGGCGAGUAUAUUCCAAAACCAGAUAUGAGUUCUAGAAGGAGAAGCAAUGGCAGGCCAGUAGAACGCGGACCCGAUGCACGGCGUAAUGCUUCACCAGGCCAUGACAUAAGGGUCGUUAGGAAUCACAUAACAUCUCCGGCCGCACCGCAACCCUCGAAAGUUUCCCCACUUGCUGUGUCAAGAGUACCAUCACUGCCUCAAAGUCGACAGCGGCAUACACGCCCUGUGGACAGACUAACCUCCGGCCAUGGAUCUGCGCGUACAAGCCCUGAAAGUGCACCCCAACCUUUAACUUCUCGAAAGCGCCGACGACUCCAGGAAAAUAGAGAUCGAAACCGUGUUGCCAAUGAAAGAAGGGAAGCAGAUUCCCCUGAUCACCCUUAUAUCAAACCUGAGCCGAUUUCUCCACCCCUAUUCUCUGAUUUACCACUUGCUGGAGGGUCAAAGCCUCGACUACACCACGAACGGCCUGCAUUUGUUGAUAUUUCGUCUCCUCAAUAUUCACCCGUUGGCCAUCGACGGGAUAGUGGACAAAGAAGAGUAUAUGACGAACACCCAAAUAGAGGCUAUGAUAUAGGCAAUCCGAUUGACCUGAGUGUCCCCCGGUCCACCUCCAGAGUUACUUACAGGAAACCUACCCGCGAUGAUCUGGAUCUGCGGCGCGUUGCAAGUUUGCAUAAUGCUAGACAGCCUGAGUAUAUCCAAGAUUAUCCGGAGCCACCGCCUAUUGACUACCAACCAAGAUAUGUUCGGGGUACUUCCUACGCCGUUACCGAUCGCCCAGUCCACACAGAGAGAGCUAGAUACUAUGAAGAGCCUACUCAGCCUUACAGCAGACACUAUGUCUCCGGGGGUAUGUCACCACCCUCCCCUAGAUUCCGCAAUCCCUAUCCAGAACUAGAGCCCGAGCCACGCAUCAUGGGCCCCCCGCCACCACAACGUCGCGUGGUGGUCGACGCAGACGGAAACCGCUACGUCGAACAGAUAGCAACCCAGACUCCAAGACUCCAACCACUCCAACCACUGCCCCCACCAUCAGCCCGCCUAUCCCGGAUGGACACGUACCCCGAAGGCCCACCCCGCCUAGCAAACGGCAGCGUCCGCGCCGCCUCCAUAAUCGAAGAUCCAUACCACGAUAGACGAUAUGCACAAGAAAUGCCCCCUCCUCCCCCUCUCACCUACCGCCGCGCACCAGAAGAAUUCAGACGUGAACUCCUCCACGAGCGACCCGUGUACGGCUAUGAUGGCGACGAGCGCGGGGUUGUCGAUUACGUAAACCAACCUCCACCCGCGCGCCACGCGACAUAUGUCGAGGAGCCGUUGGUUCCUCGGGAUGAAGUGGUGAGGAUGGCAAGUGUACGGCCUCCGCCGUCAAGGUAUGAGGAGAGGCAUCCGGCGGUCCGCCAGCCGAUGUCGCGCAUGCAGAGUGUUAGACCUGGCGGGAGGGAGAUUAGUGUGUAUGUGGAUGAUGAGCAGCCGCGGGGGAGGAGAGAUUAUGCGCCUGUUGAGCGGGGUGGGUAUGGUCCUGCUGGAACGCCUGCUGGUGUUGCGAGGUCUGUGAGGGAGGAGAGAUAUUAUGAUGACGAGGAAGCGGGGAAGAUGGAUGUGGAGGGGAUGCAUGAUGUUGUUCAGCGGGUUCAAAGACGAUAUUAG